AGUUGAUCGUGCAUCAUAUAUAAUGAGGAAAUGAUGAUCACAAAAUAUUGCUUUUCAUAUCGGGGAAAUGUUUCAUGAAAUACAUUAUUAUCGAUUUCCACUGGAAAAUUUGCUCUGACCCAAUCAAAUGCGUCGAUUUUAGUAGCUUAUAACAAUCGUCAUUGAUAUUUGUAGCAUUGGAAUGCUUCCCGGAUCCGGUUAUAGCAUUCGCACGCACGUACGUCACACGAUCGAGCUCACUUGAUCACAGUCUUCUCUCUCCUAUUUGCUUGAUUUCUGUAGUAUUGGAUGUAACAAACUACUGCAAAUCUCAAAGAAGGUAAACACAUUGACAUCAUGGUUUGUCAAAGGCUACUAAAAGUGCUUGGCUUCGCUACGUUAAUGUGCUUGGUGCAUGCCGAUUGGAAGGCCAUACGUACUGUCACAAAAGUAGAAACUUUUUGUAGUGAUGUAAAUAGAUAUAUUACAUGGACUCUACCGAAUAACAAUGAUUGUAACACAAACCUUCAGCAAGUCUUCAAGCUGCUUUACAGAAGUGAUACCAGGAUCCUCAUUGGGAGCACAGAAUGUCUGUAUUUCCUUGAUCAGAAUCUGGGAUACAUUCAUUCCAUCUCAAUUCCUGCAAAGGAUCUAAUAGAUUGUAACACUACUUUUGGAGAUCAGGCUGAAUUCCAGUGCAAGAACUACAUCACAUACGCACAUCCCAUUGGCUCAUCAUACCGUGUGUGCGGGACCUACAAUAAAAUCGAUCCAAAAUGUUGGAUAUGUGACGAAACGAUGCCAAAUUGUGAAAAGGAGACGGUAGUUAAUUUUAUGCCAAGAUAUCCAACAUCAAACUUCACAGUAACUGUGGCAAGUAAGUAAUUGAUAUUUUAUUUCUGUUAAUGCAUUAACCUAUAUAGUCCAGGCUAUAUUGAAAUUGGAUACUGCAAGUUGGGGGGAGGGGGCCAAAAUGGGCCCCUCUGAGAUCUUGGCUGUUGAUCGCGAGAUUGCAGCGAAAAUUGACACGCACAUCACCCAUGAUGUAAUCUCCAUUAUCCAUAAAUCAAUUGUCAAUUUGACCAAAAUUAUUCAAAUUUAUUUUCAAUUAAUUAUUUUUUUUUUUUUGUAAAAUAACCAUUGCUGGUCUUCUUUAUUCAUCAAACAAAAUAUAUUCACAGUGCUAACAUUUGCCUCCAUUUCUGGAGGGAAAUACAUGGUUUUCUGGAUUUCACAUUUUCUUCUAUCUGUAAACGAUAUCUUAAUAGGU